ACGCGGAGCGCGGCAGGGAAACACCUGUCUUACGCAGAGCUCACAUGCUGCCGAAAGUGACUUCACUGAACUCAUAGAGCUCUUGAGAGAUCGUCGAUAUAAGAUUCGCUGUUUUGUAUUUCCUUCAAACAUUCAGGACUACUUCAAGUCGAGUGAUUCAGUGUACAAACGUUGAAAUUCUUUUCCGUUUUGACAUUUUUUCACCUGUCCGUCCAAAUGUCGGUGCCCGCUACGGCGAUAGCUUCACCAGAAGCCUACAAGAAUGCCAAACUAAUGACUGUUCCUGAUGUCGAUAUAGACAAAAGUGGAAAAUUCAAAUACGUGUUAAUUAAGGUGCACGACCCCUCCGGGGAUCGGGUAUUCAAACACAUUGUGAGAGGGUACGGCAGAUGUGACUACCACGCUGAUGUUUAUGAUGAGGUGUGUCCAGACAUAGAAAGUAAGGGGUUGGACUGUGAGUGUGUAGGGGGAGGAAGAAUAGAACACGACCCAGUCAAGAAAAAACUGCAGAUAUAUGGAUAUUCUCAGGGAUUUGGUCAAGCUGAUCACGCCAUCACAGCCGCUAUACUAAGCAGAAAAUAUAAAUAUGAAAAUAUUACAUUUUCCAAUGAAGGAUAUUAGCAAAGGGCACAAUUAGGAUGAAAUGACUUAUAUUUAAUGGAAAUAUUUGCAGAUUUGAUGCAUUUUUUGUCAGCUGGUCUGAAAACUUCCAUUGGAGUGGAGAGAUAAAGGAUUUCUCCAGCUAGUGAGAAGAUCUAAUUCUCUCCUCUAUCCAUUGAUAAAAUGUAUUUCUUGUGUAUUGUAGUAAACAUUAUAAGGCUAUGUUUCUUGUUGAUUUGAAAGUAUUUAAUGUGUGAACUUUGGAAUUAGUUAAAUUUUGUUUCUUUUUAUCAAAUUUAUUAUGUAUUCAUGUAUUUUUGUGCAUUUAUUAAAGAUGAAAACUCCACAUCAUUUUGCAAAAAGCAUCAUAAUUCUUAUCUCCCUUGAUGUAUGUAAUUGAAGAUAAAAUUUACAAGAGUAUAAGUAGACUGUAGUUAUUAAAAAAAAUGAAAAAUAUUUUUUUCUUUGUAAGUCAAAAUCAGCAUUCCACUUCUUUAUUAAACAAAUCUGAAUCAGUGAGUGAAAAGUAUGAGCUUUCAUCACUGUAAUAGUCUUGGUAAUUUUCUCUCUUUGCAGUAAGUGUAUGUGUACAUGUCAUCUGCUUUUUUGUAGGCCAAAAUCCUCUUUCAGUUCUGUUUUAAUGUGUUUAGUUGAUUUUAAAUUUUUGUUUUUUGUUCUCCUUGUUGUAAUAUGUUUACUUUUGUAUCAACAUUGUACUUGAACCAUGCGGACACGUGUCCUUUUACUGCUAUCAAUACUUGGAAACAAAUUGCCUGUUUAAAUUUCAUCAUUUCUCACAAAAAAAUUAUCUUUUCAGAUAAAUGAAGCACAGAUUUUAUUUCCCUUAACUCACAAAUUAGUUUCGUGUCAUUGGCCAUACCUCAUACUGAAGCCAAAUCUUAAAAGUGCAGUUUUCGGCAAUAAAAUGUUUUUGUCAGACACAUCUAUAGUAGAAUUUUAAUUAUUCUUGCUGAAAGUCAGAUGAUAUGUUCUUCAGUGAUAUUCAAUUUUUUCCAAGAAUUUGUCAUUAAAAUAUUUCUACCUUAACAAGAUUAUACUCACAAAAUAAUGAGGAACCUGUACCAGACAUUAUGAAAAAUUAGUGGAUGAUUAUUAAUUUAAGAGAAAAUAAUAUGAAAUAAUAAGCAGUAUUAAAACUUUGGAAGGUUUGCAUCUACAUGUACUUUCAUCAUACAUCAUAAUUGACCAUUUUGCAUACUUGAAUCAUCAGGCAUGUUUUUAAAUCAUGUUUUAUUCACCAUCUCUCAAGAGAUAUUUAAGUUCUGCAUUAAAAUUUAGUUCAAGGAGGAACAGAAUUGAGUGUUUUUCUCUGUAAUUAUCAGUUAUAUUCUAUACUAUUGAUAUUAAAUGGUUGUUCACAGUGUUCCCUUAAUGAUUUUGUUCUUUGGCUUAAUUUGAUGUUAAGACUUUAGGCAAAUACUGUUGAUGCUUUUGUAAACUUUUAGCUGCUGUGAUUCAAAAAUAAAAAGAAAACAAUUGAAAAUUUUCAAA